AUGGCAUUCUGUACUUCUUCUCCCGGUCCUGGUGGCCUCAACUGCAACCGACCGAUGCCGUCCUUCACAGGCCAGCAGCCGCAAAGACUGGUACAUCCCGUCCUACACCCUUCCUCCCACCUCAAAGCUAACAUCAACAGGGGUGACUUGACCACUCAAGAGAGAACCGACUACAUCGACGCAGUCUGGUGCCUACGAGGGCGUCCAGCACUCCUCCCCAACGACCAAUACCCAGGGGUACGAGACCGCCACGAUGACUUUGUAGCCACGCACAUCAACUACACCCUGCACAUCCACAACGACGGCCUCCUCCUCCCUUGGCACCGACACUUCCUCCACCUCUACGAGAAAGCGCUCCAAGACGAAUGCAAUUACCAAGGAAGUGUUCCAUACUGGAACUGGCCCCUAACCACCAACUUAACCGCCACCCCCCUCUUCGAUGGAUCCCCCACCUCCCUCUCUGGCAACGGCUCACCCCAAAAUAACACCUCCACCCUAUGCCCCUUAAACAUCUCUCCCUGCCCAUCGCCCGGCACCGGCGGCGGUUGCGUAACCACCGGCCCACUCUCGACCUGGGUCAUGCACCUUGGCCCCUUCUCCCUCUCGCAAGUAAUCCCCUACGGCGACCUCCCCGCCAACGCCUUCGCUUACAACCCACGCUGUCUCACCCGGAACUUCACGACGGACUGGUUGGCUGCCCUGAACACCCAGGAAAAAGUGGACGACAUGAUUGCGGCCGCCGAUCUCCAGGAGUUCUUGGAGCUGAUGAGUCCAAGUGCGAAUGGGUAUGCGGGGGCACAUGAAGGCGGGCAUGCGAGUGUGGGGGCGAAUAUGUUGGAUACGUUUGCGUCGGCACAGGACCCUGUAUUCUUUUUGCAUCAUGCUAUGGUGGACAGAGUGUGGACGUUGUGGCAGUGGGGUGAUUGGGAGGAGAGGAAAGGGGCUGUGAAUGGGACGACGGUCGUGCAUGAUCCGCCUGGGGCGCCGCUGGUGACGCUGGAUACGGUGAUGGAGUUUGGGGUGUUGGAUGAGCCGAGGAGGGUGGAGGAGGUUAUGGAUGUGUUUGGGGGGGACUAUUGUUAUCGGUAUGAUUAG